AUGGCAAUUGAGAAUAUUUUGGGGUUUCCAGAUGAGUGCCUGAUGAUGGUUUUUCGGCAUCUUAAUAUGCGCGAUCAAUGCAAUUUUGCGUAUACUUGUUGGCGCUUUCAAUGCAUCUAUCAGAUGAUCCAUAAGAAUCAUUAUCGUCAUUUUGUUUGGUAUGAGCGUACAAAUCGUUGGUCCGAACUGGAGAUUCAGUCAUUCUUUAAGUUAAAUGGUUAUAAAAUGCAAAUGUUAUCUCUAACUGACUUUCGGGACCAUAAUAUGGAAAGACUACUAACAGAAGGAACAGAGCAGGGGAAGGCAGAACAUGGAGAUCAAGAAGAAGGAACGGAGGCGAAAUCACAGAACGUGAUAAAACCAAGCAAGACCAUCUAUGUGGCUCACAUUUGUGGGUAUCUAAAGAAUUUGCGCUCGCUUAUUUUAACCAUUGAUCACAAUUCGAGGGAAAUUAUUAUUGAGAUCUGUCGUCAUAUGCGUCAAUUGCAGGACUUAACCAUUUCCAUUAUAAAGCAUCCAAACUAUGAGCUUUUAGCCCUCUUGCCUAAUCUACGAAAUCUAGAUAUUGAAUAUUUUGAAAUGGAAUCCGAUGACAAGAUUUUUAAGACUCUAUCCAAGUUGCGUCCGCAUACAAUGCAAACUUUGCGUAUUGGUACUGAAUUGAAGACAAAACAAUUGCGAUAUAUUUGCCAAUUGAGUAACAUAAACAUGCUAAACAUCUACAAUGCCAAUAGUGUUGCCCUCGAAUAUUUGCUAAAAAUGAAAAAUUUAACCAUUUUAAGUCUAACUGAUUCCAUUCGAUUGGACAACAUAGAUUUCAUGCGUCUGCUUUGUGGCCUUAAGACUCUGAGUACCCUGUAUGUCAGCUACUGCCAGUGUCUAUCCAAUGAGUUUGUCUUCUUUGCCAUUAAAUAUCUUGAACAAGAGAUGUGCAGCCUGCGGCGUUUACCAUUCUGCUUGGAAUGCCAUCGUUGUGGUGUAGUCGCGGACAUAAACCAGUAUCCAUUGGUUAAAUCUGCUCUAUCCAUCAUUCAUAUCAAUUUCAAAAACAAACCUUAUGACUAGGAUUAACUUAAUUAAUUUACCAGAUAUAUAUUUUUAAUAAAGACUUG